UCUGCAUCCUUUUAAUCCGUAAAUACAAGAUUGACAAUCUAUACACGUGAUCUUGCUCUUCAAAUUCGAUCAUAUAUCAACGUGUGUAGGUAUAUAGUCAUGUUGAUAUCUAGGUUAGUGAAAACUUCCUGGUGCAAGUUCCAAAAACAUUACUCGACGAAAAAUACGACGAUUGUGAAAAAGGAGCAUGGGAACCGGGAAGUCGCGAAAAUACGAAACAUCGGGAUCUUGGCACACAUCGAUGCCGGGAAAACGACGACUACGGAAAGAAUGCUGUUCUACUCCGGCCUCAUCAAACACAUGGGCGAAGUUCACCAUGGAAAUACGGUGACAGACUACAUGGACCAGGAACGUCAGCGUGGAAUCACCAUCACCUCCGCGUCAGUGACGUUCGAAUGGAAAAACCAUCGUAUUAAUUUAAUCGACACCCCGGGACACAUAGACUUCACGAUGGAGGUGGAACAAACGCUAAGAGUUCUGGACGGAGCUGUAGUCAUACUCGACGGAAGUGCAGGUGUCGAGGCGCAAACUUUGACAGUCUGUAGACAAGCAGAUAAAUACGACAUACCGCGAAUUAUUUAUGUAAAUAAAAUGGACCGAUCUGAUGCGAAUUUCGACUUAUGCCUGCAAUCGAUCGAAUCCAAAUUGAACGCGGAAGCGUUACCCACGCAAUGCCCGAUUAAAGAGAAUGGAGUAUUGAAAGGAAUAGUGGACGUAAUUUCCUUAGAGAAACUGGUAUUUGACACUAAGAACAUGGGCAUGAGUUUUGAGAGAACCAAAUUGACUGAACACGAAGACGGGAGCUUGUGGGAAAUGGCAUUGGACAGGCGAAGGAGUUUAACUGACAAGUUAUCCAACAUAGAUGACAAGUUGGCUAAUGUGAUAAUAGAGCAGGAAUCUUUAGACACAAUCACAGCGCAAACGUUGCUCGAUUCUGUGUACAGAUCGACACUAAGCAGGAAAGGUAUUCCUGUAUUGUUGGGUAGCUCUUACAAAAAUAUAGGAGUGCAACCACUGAUGGAUAGCGUUCUGUUGUACCUCCCGUCACCCGAUGCAAAUAAAUGUACCGCGCACUACCGUUGCUUCGGCAACGAUUUCUCAGCCCGAGCGUUCAAAGUGGUUCACGAUAAACAGAAAGGAGCGAUCACGUUCUUCAGGGUUUACAGCGGCAGCGUGGAAAAGGGCACGAGAUUGUACAACGUUCGUUCAGACACGAAAGAGCAAGUAGGCAAACUGUACAUCGCGUACGCGGACGAUUAUGAAGAAGUACCAAAAAUCACACACGGCAACAUCGUAGCGAUAACAGGGUUAAAGACUACAACCGCUGGUGACUUGGUAACGUCUAGUCCGACGGUGAUGAAACAAGCAAGAAAGAGAUUGGAAGCAGCGAAAAGUGUCACACCGGAAGACGUCGACAGAAUAUUCUCCUGUAACUCUAGACUGUUGGAACCGGUCUUUUUCUGCUCGAUAGAGGCACCUUCGCUGUCUGUACAAGUCGCCUUGGAAUCGGCUCUUCAGCAACUCGAGAGGGAGGACCCGAGUCUGAAGGUGACUCAGAACGACGAAACCGGCCAAAUCGUACUCGCAGGCAUGGGCGAACUGCAUCUCGAGAUUAUCAAAGAGAGGAUCAAAACAGAAUAUAAAAUCGACGCCGAUUUAGGUCCGUUGCAAAUUUCCUACAGGGAGAGUAUAAGGGAACCAGUUCGAGAUACCUACACGCACGAGUUUAAGAUGAGAGAGAUCAGUUGCAUAGUAACAUUAAAUAUGUCGUUGAUACCCAAUUACCAAGGAAACGAGACAUUGCUGCUCGAUAAAUCACAUGAGUCUAAUUUAAGUGCUGUUCCUUUGAAAACGAUGAAAGCAGUGAAAAGUGGUGUCCAGUCAGUUCUUUUGCACGGACCAAAAUUAAAUUACCCUGUUGUAAACAUGGGUAUAAAGUUACAUUCGCUGGAAGUCGACUCCAAAGCUACGCCCUCGCUCGUCUCUGCUGCUGUUGCGCAAUGCAUCAGAAAGUUGAUGAGGGACGCCGAAGUCACUCUUCUAGAACCGAUAAUGCGAGUGGAGGUCGUGGUUCCCGAAGAAUACUCGAGCGUCGUCAUGAAGGACUUAUCGAAGAGGCGCGCGGAAAUAAAUAAUAUCGACGUUCGUGGACAAAACAAGGUGAUCCACUGCCUGGUACCAUUAGCGGAGCUACUGGGGUAUUCGAGAGCGGUAAGAAUAAUUUCGUCGGGAUAUGCGACGUUCUCGUUAGAAUUCGAUCAUUACGAAAUAAUGGAUUCGGUCAGCGAAGCAGAAGCGAUUAAAAGGGUGACCGGCUUUUAUUAGAAGAAAGUUCAAUGAAAAAUAAAGCUGAUUUGCCAAACAGA